AUCCGAUCUAAAGCAGUGAAGUGGGCUUGAAAGCGCAUGUUUACUUUAAAGCUAUCGUAGUUACACAAAUUUCGUAAAAUUGUAAAAUUUCAUUUGCUCGUGUAUUAUUUCAAUCUGUUGCAUUGAAAGUCAGUCAAAAUGUCAGCAAAUGAUCCUGCAGCGACGCAAUCGGGUAGCCCGACGGAAGAACGCAUUCAAGAUGCUCCUCCGCAAGUACAAAAAGUGGUACUAUCAACAGAACAAAAGACAAUAUUCGACCGAAUUUCCAAGAACGAAAUCAGCGAAUUAAAACUAGCCUUAGCGCAAUACAAACAGAAUGUGGAUUUCGUGGACGAGAAUGGUAUGACACCGCUGCAGCAUGCAUCCUAUAAAGGCAACAAAGAAGCGGUCCAGUUGUUGCUAGAUCAAGGUGCCGAUGUUAAUUCUAGCAAACAUGAGUAUAAUUACACGGCACUGCAUUUUGGAGCUUUAUCCGGUAGUGUUGAUGUGUGUCUCAAGUUGCUGUUGGCGGGAGCGAAAGCCGGUGCUCUUAAUUCGGUUGGAAGGACUGCGGCGCAGAUGGCGGCAUUCGUUGCUAAUCAUCAAGUUGUCGCGACUAUCAACAAUUUUGUUCCGAUUAUAGAAAUUGAGUGUUUCACUAAGACGCAAGGAUCCCAACCCCUUUUUUCAGCAGUCCAUCUUGAUGGAUUUCACAAGUUUGUCAUGCAAGUUAACAUUCAUCCUGUACGUAUUGCGCUAAAUUUGCAAAAGUAUGGGCUAUUUGUUGAUGACCUGAAACGUAUCAAAAGUGUUCUGGAGGAAAUGAUGGAGCGGGAAAUGAAACGUCGAACGGAGGUUAACGAGGUGAUGGCGUUCAAGUAUCACUAUUUGGGAUACUUCGUUAGCGAAAUCGCCAAAUGUCGUGAUUUUUUCCUAGCACGUAAGGACGGAGGCGGUAGCGGCAAAGAUCAGAAGACCGAUUUUGUGGAACUGUUUGCUAAACGUGUUUUGAAACCUGGAAAAGAUGGUUCUUUAGAAUAUAUUGAAGCAACAAUUCGCGAGUGUGUGCGAGAGUUCCCUUUUCGAGAGUGUACUAUUUUUCGACAAGUGGUAACUCAGCUUGCUAGUAAGGAAAAUCCUGCCAGUGCUUUAGAGAUUGUGAAAUCGGCCAUCAAUGGUCAACGUGUAUUUCAGGAUACGAUUUCCUACUGCAGUUCAUGUGGUGAGGAGAAACCGGACAAAAAAUGCUCCAAAUGCAAAGAGGUGCAGUACUGCGAUCGAGAGUGCCAACGUUUGCACUGGUUUCUGCACAAAAAAGUUUGUGCCCGACCACUGCCAAAUGCGACCACACACGGGGGGCCGAAAGAGGCUAAAAAGGAUAUCGAUUCGGUGGAGAUCAGCGAACAGCUUCAAAAGUUGGUUACCAGUUAAAUGUGCACGGUAAAGCUGGGAGUCAAAUUAACAGCUCUUGUGCAAAAGUAGUGCGAAAAGUCAAAGAUACUAAAUUUAUUAUAUAAGUGUGAUAAGAACAGGCAUUAACGAAGAGCGUAACUAAACAGCUAGGAAUGCAUGGCAGUCAAAGUGAAUGUAGUUCGUAGCAUUUAUAUGUGUCAUUUGCUAUUUUUUGGAUGUCAAUAAAUCAUAAAUUGAUAGAUUUGAAGAAGUACAGGUUCGUUAUUGAAUUUUAGUGUAACAGUUGGACCGUACAAUAUAAGUGAUUGAAACUGUGAAAUUUCCUAACUCGGAAUUCAAAGAACGUUACAGAGUUGCUAAGCAUAUCUGGCA